GAGAACAGGCAGCAGCAGCAGCGCGCUCACUACACACGCGAACCUGCUGAAGGCCGCUGGAGUCGCGCGUUGUAAAUUAUGUACAUAAGUUACUGAUAUUAUUCGGGUGCACAUGAAUGGCCAGGCGCACAACUCGGAGCCGUUUAACCGAAUAAUGAGUGGUAAAGAUCCGUAAAGCAACACCGGCCAACAUCGUCUGAAUCGGUACACCAAGUGCUCACCGCCUGCUCCCAGACCGAGGCUCGACGACUCCGCCGGGGAGUGAGCAAGCCGACCGCACCGCAACAACGCGUUCCAAAUGUGCACAGAAUAAGAGACGGACUUCUUUUUCUAAAGCUUUUUUUUGUAAAUGUAUUUUUUCAGUGGUUGUAAAUCAUAUUUUGUAGGCAGAAAGCCCAGUGUAAAGUCGUGUAAUUAGUCAAAAGCUACAGGAAUAAUAAGAAAUCCUAGCUAUCGGUGCUCAGCAGCUCGUUUUUUAAAUAAAUAUAUCCCUGGACCGACGAGCUACCAUGGUACAUUCGGGGUUUACUUGAAGGUAUUCACUCAAAAACAGCAUUGUUUCCAAAAAGCUUGAGGAAAAAGUCCCAGUUUAGUGUGUGUUUCUAACAGUGGAUAUAAAGAAAAUAUAGGACAUGGUGAGGAGGAAAGAGAAGACGGAAACUGUUCUCUAACAGCUGUGGGCUCAGACAGGAGGAGAAGUGGGAGGGGGUCACCAGUCUGACCACGGACGGCCUCCAAUCACCUGCAGCACUGGAAGAACUGCCUGACAGUCGAGAAGGGUGAGUGGGUGACCCCAGAAAGAGAGAGAGACGGGGACUGACGGUGGAGCAAAGGUUUGGAGGAGGUGGAGGAGGAGUGGGAAAGGCCAUUCUCCAUGGCUACUGACCCAGGAGAGCCCACAGGCACCGAGGACUCCUCGGGGAAACCUGAUGGGCAGAAGGAGGAGGACACAGAGCAGGAGGGCAAGGCCGACCAACAGAAGGAGAGGACACACAGCACCCCCGCCGACUUCCCCUCCUCCAGCACUCAGGAGAGGAAAGCAACAGGAGGAGAGGGCGGAGGAAACCGAGGAGGAGGAGGAGGGGAAGCCGGCCAGGAGGGCGAGGAGAACCCAGUCAGACAGAUUUCGUUCUCCAUGCCAUCCUUAUCAGCCGACACUGGCCAGAAACGUUUGAGGCGGGAGAAGCGCUUCUUCAGAAAGAGUGUGGAGAUUUGUGAGGAGGACGAUGAGGUGGAUAGACCCCCCGAGGCGCCCCACAGCGCCCCCCACCUGGAGCUGCGCACCUCAGACUCCAUCUUCACCAGCAGUGCCCAGCAGCAAGGGGCUGCCUCCUCCUGUGCUGCCAUCGGCAACGACCCGUCCUGCCCCAGCUCCAGCCAGGAGCCGGGCAAGGAUGAAUCCUCCUCCACACUCGCCCAGAGGGGGAAGGAGAGGGACCGUGAGCUGGAGGAAGAGGCAGAGAUGAAGGCUGUGGCCACCUCUCCUGGAGGCAGGUUCCUCAAGUUUGACAUUGAACUGGGCAGAGGAGCCUUCAAAACGGUGUAUAAAGGCCUGGACACGGAGACCUGGGUGGAGGUGGCUUGGUGUGAACUCCAGGACCGCAAGCUGACCAAGGCGGAGCAGCAGCGCUUCAAGGAGGAGGCGGAGAUGCUGAAGGGGCUCCAGCACCCCAACAUCGUCCGCUUCUAUGAUUCCUGGGAGUCAGCGCUCCGCGGCAAGAAGUGCAUCGUACUGGUCACCGAACUCAUGACUUCAGGAACACUUAAAACAUACCUGAAGCGCUUCAAGGUGAUGAAACCCAAGGUCCUGAGGAGCUGGUGUCGGCAAAUCCUUAAGGGCCUUCACUUCCUUCACACUAGGACUCCUCCGAUAGUCCACCGGGACCUCAAGUGUGACAACAUCUUCAUAACAGGCCCCACAGGCUCGGUCAAGAUAGGAGACCUGGGACUGGCCACUCUUAUGCGGACCUCCUUUGCUAAGAGUGUCAUAGGAACUCCGGAGUUCAUGGCUCCAGAGAUGUACGAGGAGCACUACGAUGAGUCUGUGGAUGUCUACGCCUUUGGGAUGUGCAUGCUGGAGAUGGCCACUUCAGAGUACCCCUACUCUGAGUGCCAGAAUGCUGCUCAGAUCUAUCGCAAAGUAACAAGUGGUAUAAAGCCAGCCAGCUUUGAUAAAGUGAAAGAUCCAGAGAUCAAAGAGAUCAUUGAAUGCUGCAUACGCCAGAAUCAGAGCCAGAGGCUCUCCGUCCGAGACCUCCUGAACCACGCGUUCUUUGGGGAGGACACGGGGGUCCGGGUGGAGCUGGCAGAGGAGGACUCGGGCACCCAGGACUGUCUGGCUCUCCGGAUAUGGGUGGAAGAUCCUAAGAAGCUAAAGGGGAAGCACAAAGACAACGAGGCCAUCGAGUUCAGCUAUGACCUGGAGAACGACAGCGCUGAGGAAGUGGCUCUAGAGAUGGUAAAGUCAGGAUUCUUCCAUGAGAGUGAUGCCAAGGUUGUGGGUAAAUCCAUCCGGGAUCGAGUUAAUCUGAUCAAAAAGUCACGAGAGCGCCGACAGCAGCAGCUCCUCCAGCAGCAGCAGGAGCUAGAAGAAAAAAGAGACACCGCUGUCACCUCCUGCAGCUUUUCUCAUCCAUCCUGCCUGUCCUCACUGGGGCCAGGGGCAGCUGGUCAGACCGGAGGAGGGCAGGAGUCAGAGGAGCUGCCUGAAGUGGACCAGCAUGUCAGGCAGCAACACAUUUUCAGUGGGACAGCCCUUGGUUUGCCAGGUGAGAGCAUCGGGUCUGUCAGCUGUGAAUCUUGUACGAUUGCACAGAGCCAGGCGUACUCUCAGCAAGGGGAAUCAUACACCCACACUCUACCCCCUGCUGCAUCCAGUGGAAGUGUUCCCCAUGUGCCGAUUGGUCAGAGUGUUGGUUUAUCCAGCAUGUCCGUAGGCCAAAGUGGAGGCGGACCCGUCGGUCAGACGUUUCUUCAGCCCAGCACCAUGGUUCCACAGGUAUCACAAAGUGUCCCUCAACAAUAUGUUCAGGAUAGGCCAUACCUGUCUAGAACAGAGCAUCAUUCUUCUUCAGGGUCUGUUCCAGCUAAUGGAGAGGAAACCCUUCAGCUUAUGGCCAUUGGGAAGUUAGAUAAGUUAAAGAUACAAGGAAGAGCUUCCGGUCAGAAGUCUGAGAACAUUUCACAUCAGUUUCAACUGAGCAUGCUCCAGGUGUCAGGCAGUGGGGACAAUAUGGUGGAAUGCCAGUUGGAAACCCAUACCAACAAGAUGGUAACAUUUAAAUUUGACACCGAAGGGGAUGCAGCAGAGGAUAUAGCAGAUUACAUGGUAGAGGAGGACUUUGUUCUUGAUGUAGAGAAAGCGACAUUUGUUGAGGAGCUUAGAGCCACAGUCAAGAAAGCUCACGAAAUUCUUCAAACACAUUCACAGACUGGAUCAACUGACCAGUUGUUUGUGAGCACUCCGACUAGUUCUUCAAUGGAGGCAGUGCCCCAUUCCUCCCCAGUGGGACGCUGGCGCUUCUUUAUCAAUCAGACUAUUCGCCACAGAGACUCUCUAUCCGGAGCAGAAACAUUGCUUACAUCUGAAGAGAUGAGGAUUCCUCUGUCUCCUCAAACAGAGAGAGAAAGUGAAGGAUCCCAGAGUCUGGAGUCCAUAACAGGACUGACUUCUCCCCCCUGCCCCGCCCUUUCCGCCACCUCCCCUCCUGUCUCCACUGCCUCUGCCCCUGCCUCCAUUGCCCCCUCAAGCACUGCUGCGCCGGCUCUUUACCCCACUGCCCCUGAAAGCAUCUCAGCACCAGCCUCCACUCUUAAAUCCUCUGUCCCCGCCACUGCUUCAGGUGGUUUUGAACAGCCAAUCCUAACCUCAGCUUCUGUUGACCAAAUUGCAAGUGUUCCCUCAUCCAUAGCAAUACCUGCUGCAAACCCCCCCACUGCCCCUACUGUCAUGUCUCCCACACCCAUAACCAUUCUCCAAGAUGUCCUUGCUUUUCCUGGAAGCAAUGGUUGCUCCACUGUCACAGGUCAGAGUAUGGGGGAUACAUUGCUAACUGCUACAAGGUCAUGUGUCCCUGCAGCGGACCAAUCUUCAACUUCUUUCAGCUCCCCUCCUCCUGCUGCAGCGGUGACCUCUUCUGCGGUAAGCUUACUUGGCAUGGAGCAUCAGCAAACGCUCAUUCAGCAAUCCCCACAAAAACCACAGGCACAACUGCAGCCUGCGUUACAGCAGCAGGUUCCGGUAGUUCAACAGCAACUGCAGGCAAUGCAGCUUGAACAACAGAUACAGCAGGCAGCACCACAGCAACAGCAGCAUCCAGUGUAUCCAGAGCAAAUGCAGAUGCAGCAGUCACUCCAGCAGCUACAACAUCAGCAACUAAUGCAGCAACAGAUACAGCUGACUGAUGUGCAGGUGUUGCAACAGUCUGUGCCUCUGCAGCAGUUUCUGCCACCUAGUCCCCCACAGCAGACCCAACAAGCCCUUCCUCAACAGCAAACACCUCAGUAUACCCAACAGGUGAUGCAACAGCCUGCGCUACAACAGCAAGUAAUGGCAACCCAAGCUGCUGCAUUGCCUCAACAGCAGGCUGCCAUUGAUCAACAGCAGCAGCUACACCUACAACAGACAAUGCACUUACAGCAACAGCACAUGGUGCAACAGCAGCAGCAGCAGCAGCAACAGCAACAGCAGCAACAGCAACAACAACAGCAACAGCAACAGCAACAGCAACAGCAACAGCAACAGCAACAGCAGAUGUUUAUGGGUGCUGUGGCUUCAAAUCCAGAUCACAGCCAAAUGCUGCCUGUGUCAAUUAGUCAACAGUUUCUUCAACAACAGGCCCAGCUAAAUGUUAGCCCGAUACCACAACAGCAGAUUCCACAACAAACACAAAUCCCUGCUGAGUUGUCACACCAGCAUAUACAGCAGCAACACACUGAGCAGCAACAAGAAGCGGUUAAAACGACAGACACACCGCAGAAACAGCAGUCCUCUUUACAGAUGUCAGAGUCAGAGGUUUCUACAGGAGAGACAAGUUUCACAGAAGACACAUGCAGCUACUUUACGAAUGUCCCCCCUUCCUCUGAAUCCUCUCUGCCGCCUCUCAAUCUGAGCUCUGAUGCACCCGUACCAACACUCUCCCUCACGAUGACACCAUCUCCCGCUCAGCCUUCCUCCGUGGCUGAGUCAGACAGUGAGGGCCCCCCCAAAAUUGAAUUUGUGGACAACCGCAUAAAGACCCUGGAUGAGAAGCUGAGGAACUUGUUGUAUCAGGAGUACAGCAGCGGGGCGGCGCCGGCCUCUGGACCUACAUCAGCUGCCUCCACGUCAGCAGGAGGAGACGAGUCAUCUGAGCCACUGUCUCUCCACCACUCUUUCCCCCAACAUGCCUCCUCCUCAAAUACUUCUCCUCACUCCUCAUCCUCUUCUACCUCCUCUACAACCUCCCGUUCCUCAUCCACCUCCCCUGACCCAGAGAGGGGUUGCAGAGGAGAAAUACCUUCCUCAGAAGCCGUUUAUUUUGCAGAGAAAGGCCCAGUGGAGCACCAGCCUGGCCCAUCUCUCCCCUCCACCUCUGCCUCCUCCACCCCGUCUGCCUCUCUCCUUCCUCCCAAUCAGGAUGAGUCUGUCGGGCGCCAGCGUCCACCCGUACCAGGAGAACCAACCAUUCUUGCUGUACGCCCACACUCUGACACCAGUACCACUGGAGACGCAUCGUGGCCCCCCAAUCAGCACCCGAUCCCCCUCCGGCAUGGACAGCAGAAGCACAAUGCAGGAGGUGGAUAUUUUGGCCUAAACCUGACAUGUCCUAGUAUCAGAAAUCCUGUUAGCAAGAAAUCCUGGACUCGCAAAUUCAAAAACUGGGCGUGCAAACUGCGCCACUCCGCCAGCUUGUUCAAGAAGCCCAGAGUCCAGCAAGAAGGACGUUCCAGCAGUCAGGCACUUAGAGAGGAGAAGGAGGCGCCACCCCUAAAUCCACCUCAUGCACGCAAAGGACGAUUUCAGGUGACACCCGUUCCCCAGUCCUCUCCCCCAUCAGCUCAUGGGAGCACGCACAGGAAAGUGGGACGCUUCUCUGUCAGCCAGGCCGAGACCAGGAAGGCGGAAAGGAACACUGACAGCUCCCCGGUGUCUCCCGACCUGGAGAGGGAAAGGAGGAAAUCUCGAGCAAAGGAGGGAGAGAGAGAUGAGCAUAAGAGGACCCCAGCAAUGGCUCACCUGCCUCGAGGGCAUGGGCACAGCCACUCCCCCCUGGCCAGCAGCGAUGACGAUGAUGAUGAUAAUGAGUGUGAGAUGGUGGAUGAAGACCUGAGAAAAGAACUACACACGCUCAGAGAGAAGCACAUCAAAGAGGUGGUGUGCCUUCAGUCCCAGCAGAACAGAGAGCUGCAGGAGCUGUACCAACAGCUUCGUUCCCUCAAAGACCAAAGGCAGAGUCUGCCUGCCUCCCUGUCCCACACCCCUUCUCUUCCCUCGGGACCCCUUGUCCUCUCUCCUCGUAGGCCCAGGCCAGCCAAAAACAAGCUCCGACCGCGGCCUCACUCUCACAUGGAUAACAACGGAGUCACACACUCUGGGAUUCAGCAGUCAAGUAGUUUCUCAGGUGGUGAACAGACUAGGCUGCCUCUUUACUGCAACACAGAGCACUGCACUUCACUGCCUGCCAAACGAGAUCACAGCCCUCUUAGAAAAAGCACAUUCACAGAUGAACUGCACAAACUUGUUGAUGAUUGGACGAAGGAGACGGUGGGCCCCGCCCAGCCCAAACCUUCACUUAAUCAAAUCAAACAGAUUCAGCAGGUGCAGGAGUUGGGAGGCUGGAGCCAGCCGACAGAGGGGGCUCCCCCUGGUUGGUUUCCAGUGACACCGCUGAAUCCCCAGGCAUCCCCGACCCCUGCCGGCCUGCCCGGGGCAAGCCCUCCUCACUACACCGCUGGAGGAAGCCUCUCCACCUUGCACUCUCUGGGACCAUCACCACAAUCGCACAUGGGCACAGUGCCACCGAUGCAACAAAGUGUACACCUCCAUCAGUCUCUCCCCCUACAGCAGGCGACCUAUCAGCAGUCUACACUCUGCCAGCAGCCCGGGAUGCAAACUCCCACACAGUCCCAGUCUCUACCACAGACACAGCCCAUCACCCAGCUGCCCCAAUCUACACCUCAAAGCCAACCGCUGCUGCCUUCCCAAAUGCCCACAUCUCCAGUGUCCACGGCUGCACCCCCACUGCCUGGCAGUGGCUCCGCUGCACCAGCAGAUAGCACUACUGCUACUGGGGGGAAAUUAUGCUCCUAUUCCUCACCCUCCUCAACCUCUUCCUCCUCUUGCUCUACUGCUGCUCUACCUUCCAGUGCCAAAAUUCACCCAACACCCCCAACCUCUACUCUUCCUCUGGGACAGAAAUGAAACCAGUGUGAGGUCAAUAUGAAGGUGCAAGAGAUGGAAACGUGACGUGGAUCAGGAUGUAAAGCAGAUCUAUUUGAAUUGUUAGUUGUGGCUGUGUAUGAGAGAAUAGUGACUGCAAUGAUUAUAUGGAUUCCAGUGUUCUUCUGGAUGAGAUGGGGCGUGAAUGUGAGACGUGAUAGAUUAUAGCAUGUACAGACAGAGGGCAACAUGGAACACAACAGCUGUGUUUAUGAAUCAUGGUAUGUUUGGGUGUUGAGAUGUAUAAAUUCUUAAAUGUAUGAGUGUGUGCGUUUUAUGAGUGUGGUUGAGUGUUUAUGGAUUAUCCAAGUACAUAUCCCUUAUGUCCUUUUACACAAAUUAACAUUCAUGUUGGUUUUUAAUCCAACUCAGUUGAACUCUUCCUAAGCAGAGGUAGAAAAUAUUUGACAGUGUUUUAAUUUGUCUUUGCUUACAGUGAAAGGACUAUCAAUCUUAAAAGUGCAAUUAGUAAUGGUCAUCUAAAUUGAUCAGCAUGUAUUGUAUGGAUUUUUCUGUAAGGCAUAACAUAUUUUUGUAGAAGCACAUGAUGAAAACCGGAUGCAGAUAGGAUCUUCUCAUGAUUAUUACAUAAAGCUGCGGACCUACAGCACAAGGUGAUUCAAUUGGGCAACAAAUAAAAACAAAUAGCAUGUUAUACCGUAAAGCAUGGUAAAGUUAUCUGGCUACCAUCGUUACCAUAGUGCUGCCAAUAUACUGUUGCAGUGUUGUUCAAAGGUACAGCAUGUGCUUCAUUUGUAUUAUUUAAUGUUCAGCAGUUGUACCAUAGAAACACUCUAACUUACUAUGAGUGAUGUGAUAUAAAUUCUGAUAAAUUUGUAAUGUGAUGGCUAAUUGAAGAAUGCCAUGUAUGUUCAGUGGAGACCUGGGUACACUCAGCCCAAGACUGCAUGACCUUAUGACUAACAUGACUUACCAGAAUGCAAAGUGCGUGCACUUGCUUUAUAUUCGUGAAGCUACCAUUUGCAGCUUACUGUGAUCAUACAAGCAAGUACAUUUGCUUUCCUAUUUGACAUUUUUGCUUUCGGUUAGAGCUCAUAUCAAAGUAUAUCACGGUGUCAUGCUGAGGAGAAAGAUAAAACUGCCAAGUUAUUAUAGACCGGGGAGACCAUGUGUUAUUCCCACAUUGCCUUUUAAAAUUACUGCAUUUUUUUUGUGGGUGUGUGAGUGUAUAUUAUUUCUUUGUGACAAAGCUUGGUGAAAGUCCUUUGGUAUAUAUUGCAUUAUGAAUUUCAUCCCUGUUUCUUUUCAUUGAAAGUAGCCCCUCAAAUGUCACUGUACCCAACUCAAAAUGUUUACUAUGCCUAUGCUUUGGGCUUUUAACAAAACAAGUGAGAGGUUAGACCAAAUACCGGUCGCAAGCUUGAUGUCCAACAUCGUUGUCACAUCCUCACUUGCAUAUUUUUUUAUUUUGUUUGGCGUCGGAUAAAUUCCUUGUUUCAGUUGUAAACAAUUGAGGCUUUGACCAUAGGCUGUCAGUGUGAAUGUAUCAUUCAGAAGCUGAACUGUGGGCCAUAAUUGUGCUUUUUUACGCACACUGCAAAAGGUUUACCCAAGUCAAAAAAUGUCCCAUUCCUCUAUUUCUGCACCCUUUAUUUGUAGAUGUAGAGAUACAGAGUAAUAUAUCAGCAGUUAAUAUAUUACUGUACAUUUUAUUGGGUUAUCAGUGCUCCAUACAAGCAUUUGACCAUGAAUGGCCUGGAAAUAAUACACGUUUGGGUAUAAUUAGUAGCCUGUAGUCAAAGCAACAUUUCUGUUUUAAUAAUUAUCGAGAUAUUGCGUGUCAAUGAAAACAGGAGAUCUUACCGGUUGUUAAAGAUUGCUGAAGUGAGUCAAAGAUAAUAAAACAUAAAUGGUUAAGAAGGAGUAGCGUGCUAAAUGGUAUGGUUGUUCAGAAACGGCAUACACUAGAAUAUAUUGAUUUUCAAGACAUCCCAAACUGUCACAGAGAUGUAGUUUAUUCUUAGUGAAGGGGAGAUAAUGUGCUGUCAUGUCUGAUACUAACAUGUUGGCUGCAAGCUACAGCUUAAUGAUCAUGAUUCAUGAUGAAGAGCUGACUUUGUCCUUGAAGUGUUACCAAAAUGUUAUCUAAAAGAAAGAUUAUUUUUGUAUUUUGAAAUGGGGUUGUACAAAUUGUAAAAUUGUGUUCUCAUCAUUAUAAAUAUAAGGUUAUUUGAAACUAGAAAAAAACACUGGUUUUCAUCUAUGUUUACAUGGGACUCCCCUGCAUCGAUAUACCUCUGAGUUCAAGAUUGUCUUCAGAGAAUCUUUGGUCAUUUUUUAGAUGUAAUUUCAGUUAUAAAACAUGGACCACCAACCUGUUAGAUUCAUAACAUACUUGCAUAGAUGUUCCUGCUGAGCUGCAGUUCAUAUUGAAUUAACAUACAAAUAAUUGCAACGAAAAUCUGGGGAGUCCCAAAAUAACAUGACUGGGAACCAAUGAUAAAAGGACAUUUGGGCAGUGAAACCUGAAAAAAUUAAGUAUGUUGCUGGUGAUUUAGCCUCUGUAAAUUGUAACUAAUUCUACUGUUGAUUUUAUUUAUGUUUUGUAACUAAUCAAAAUAAAUGAUGUUAAACAUCAAACCACAA